UGCCCAUCUGCGUCAUAGAAAUAGUUGGGAUGUUUGCUUAGGCCAAUACGCCCAAUCACGUUCUGUCCUCCUCGUGCGACUGGGCAUAAAAGGCUCAUUAGGUAGACCUUUUCUGCCAAAGGUAUCACGAUGAUGCAGCUGCUGACAUUCCUGGUGGAGAAGCUCUCCCUUUUCUUUAAACUCAGACUCUUCGAGUCCAGUUUCUCGGAACGUGAGGACCGGGGGCGCCAGGUGCCGCGCGCCUCCCACCCGCCUCUCCGGAGGGGGGACCUGCUGGAAGUCCCCAGGACGCUCUUUACGCACUACGGCAUCUAUUUAGGAGACAAUAAAGUGGCUCACUUGAUCCCCGACAUCCUCCCCGUGCUGACAAACGACAGAAAGCUCAUCAGCUCUGUCAUCACCAACAACAGACUCAUCCUCGGAUGCGUCUACAAAUGCGCGUCGGUGCGCGUGGACACUCUGGAUGACUUCGCCUACGGCUCCAGCAUCGUCGCUAACUGCAUGGACAGGGUGAUUGCGACGCAGCCCUUAUCCAGUGACUGCGUUGCCCAGAGAGCAGAGAAACUUAUCGGAGCAGUCCCGUACAGUCUGCUGUGGAACAACUGCGAGCACUUCGUGACGUACUGCCGAUAUGGAACUGCGCAAAGCCGGCAAACGGAGAAGUUCUGUGAGUGCUUGAAGUCCAUCAUCAGAGACCAGCGCAGCGUCAUCAUCACCGGGCUUCUUGGAUUUAUGUCUAUUGUCUUUUUUGGCAUGGUGCCUGAAACUACAUUACCCACAGUUCUGAUACCCUUCACUCUUUGGAUGGCUACUUCCAAAAAGGAAGAGAACUCCAAAUAUGACCUCUCCCUGUACAAGCGCGGGGACUUGUUAGAGGUGCCCAGGACUUUGUUCACUCAUUUUGGUAUUUACUUGGGCAACAAUCGUGUGGCUCAUCUCAUUCCUGACAUCCUGCCUGCGGUCACCCAGGACAAAUCUUCCAUCGCCAAGAUGGUCACAAACAACCGCUUACUGCUGGGGGUCAUCACCAAAGUGGCGAGCGUGAGAGUAGACUCGGUGGCAGAUUUUGCGUACGGCUCGGAAAUUCUGAUCAAUCACAUGGACAACAAAUGCAAUCAGCCUCCCUUGGAUGGGGACGAGGUGGCGCGUAGAGCUGAGAAACUCCUGGGGUCCGUUACCUACAGUCUGCUGUGGUACAACUGUGAACACUAUGUCAUGUACUGCAGAUAUGGGGUGGCGAUCAGCUAUCAGACAUACCAGUUUUGCACAACCGUACGAAAGAUUGUGUUCAGCAGACUGAGCGCCUAUCUGACGGCGCUGUGUGGACUGUGCAUUAUGUUGCAUCUGAGCUGUUUGACGCCGCUGUCGGUUCUACUCACCCUGCUGAUCUCCUUCACCAUCUGGAUGGCGUCCUAAAAACACUGCUGUUUGAUUAAAGGCAAUGGGAAAUGAAUAUAUGUACAUAUACAAAUGAUAGAACUGAAUUGUUUGUCUUUUUCCAUCUGGCUCAAUCAGUUUUGAGAUGUUUUUCUAAUGCUAAUUGUUGUGUUACUGUUUACCAUGUUCUGUUCAUCUGACUUAAUGCCUUUUAUCAGCCAAAUAUCAUGUAAAGAUCAUAAACAUACUGAGACUGUAGACUGCUACUGGAAAUAUACCCCGGAGUGAAUUCUACACCUUGUUAAUGACCAAAAUUCUUUACAUUGGUAUGUCACAAUGGAACUUUAAUCACUCUGAAAAUAACUUACAGAUCAGGGCUUUGAUACCACACUAAUGAUAUGCUGUUUAAAUGUUGGUGUGGACAAACUGCGAUAAGCUAAAUUAUUUUUUGCUUAGAUAGUACACUUUUUUUUUUUAGACAUCCACUUAUGUAUUUCUACCUGCUUCUUGGAGUUUUCUUUGUAAACUGCA